CAUGAAGUGCAGGUCAUGUGACUAGUUCUGUAUCUUCCCGGGUAAUAUGCACAUGUGCUGAUGUUGUAGUGAGAGAUCAGGCGCUUCCUGUAUGACAGCUGCACCAUAGACAAGCAUAAGGUGAACUCGUUAUGUUUACAUCAAAGUUACUCACCUUGGUCCUGGUUGUUCAACCACAGAAAAUUUUGCUGGGCAUGAAGAAACGAGGGUUUGGUGCUGGUCUUUGGAAUGGUUUCGGUGGGAAAGUCCAAACUGGGGAGGCAAUAGAAGCGGCAGCCAGAAGAGAGUUAUGGGAAGAAAGUGGACUAACGGUAGACAAACUACAGAAAAUUGGGCAGAUUAAAUUUGAAUUUGUUGGUAGCACUGAGAUUUUGGAUGUGCAUGUAUUCCGCGCCGAUGACUUUUGUGGAGAACCCACUGAAAGUGAAGAAAUGCGUCCGCAAUGGUUUGAACUGGACAAUAUACCGUUCGAUGGAAUGUGGCCUGAUGAUGUACUUUGGAUACCGCUUUUGCUUCAAAAUAAAAAGUUCCUGGGAUACUUUAAAUUCCAAGGUCAUGACACCAUUUUGGACUACACGUUAAAAGAAGUGGAAGACAUCUGAAAUGUUACCAGUUUUUUAAUUUCACUAGUUUUAUACAGCUCUUAUGUUGCACUUGCAACAAGUCUGCCCCAUUUUUGUGUUUCAUAUUGAAAAUCCUUUUUUCAUUUUAAAAAGAAAAAAAAAAAUCUAGUUCUUGGGGGAAAAAAAUUAUACACUUGUGGUGGUUUGUGCUCUCAAUGUUCAUUUAUAGGUUUGUUACCCAGUUUCUGCUUGGUCACCAGGUUUUUACAGAAUUACAUUUUUAGAUUUUGAAUUUAAGCAUUGGUUCCCAUAUACGGUUAAGUUACUAGAUCAUAUGCUAAAAUUAAAGUCAAUAUUAAAGGGACAUGAAAACAAAAAAAAUAUUUCUUCUGUAAUUAAAAAGGUUUCCAAUUUACUUCUGCUAUUGAAUUUGCUUUGUUCUAAUAGUAUUCUUUGUUGAAAUGAUACCCAGGUAGGUACUAUCCACAUGUAUGGAGCACUAUAUAGCAGGAAAAAGUGCUGCCAGCUAGUGCUCUUGCAAUUGUUUAAUAAGUGCUGCAGACACGUGCACACUCUUGUGUUUACUUCCCUGAUUUUCAACAAAGAAUAUCAAGAAAAGAAAGAAAAUGUGAUAAGAACUAAAUUGGAAAGUUGUUUAAAUUUGCAAGCACUAUCAGAAUCAUGAAAGAAAAAAGAAACAGGCUUCAUGUUUCCUUUAGAGGGACAUUAUACACUAGUAUUUUCUUUGCAUACAUGUUUUGUAGAUGAUCUAUUUCUAUAGCCCAUAAAGUUUUUUUUUUUUUUUUUUAAAUGGAUAGUUUUGCUUAUUUUUUUAAAUAACAUUGCUCUGAUUUUCAGACUCCUAACCAAGCCCCAAAGUUUUAUGAGAAUACCGUCAGAUACCUACUCCAGCUUGCUCCUGUUUGUGUAAAGGGUCUUUUCGUAUGCAAAAGAAGGGAGGGGGGAGGGUCUUAUUUCCCGCUUGCAGUGGGCUUUCCAGCUACCUUUACAACAGAGCUAAACUGAGAGCUUCUAAGUAAGUUAUUAAACAGUUUUAUACUGGAUUUUUAUAUCAGUAUCUGUGCAUCUUAUUCUUUAUAGUAGUGUCUAUUACAUGCAGUUAUAUGAAAAUGAGUGUAUACUGUCCCUUUAAGCUAAUAUUAAAUUGUUUUGAUGUUUGACAAUUUAUUAUCAAUAAAAAACCUAUGGUGUUUUGAAAAGUUUAAAUAAUAAA